GCGGCUUCGCGCGCCUUGUGUUGUAAUUUGAAAAGAUGGCACUGGUCCGCGUUCUGAGAGCGCGCGCAUGAACGCGAGGAUUUUGUAACCGUGUUUUCAAACCCGCCCUUUUGGAAAAGUGGUACUGUGCCGAGCGAAGAGGAACACGGUUUGAAGCUGGCGCCUUCUGAGCAACCCGACAUCAUGGUGAAGACAUCGAAGCCGUCCGUUGACCUGUCCCUGAAGUCUGUGCUGCUGGCGCAAACGGACAGUGACAUGCGCCGCUUCGAAACUCGCCUGGCUAGUUUCGAGCACUGGCCGCUGACCGGCGACUGCAUGUGCACGCCGGCACGGAUGGCCGAGGCCGGUUUCUACCACUGUCCAACGGAGAACGAGCCAGACCUUGCUCGUUGCUACGUGUGCCUCAAGGAGCUAGACGGCUGGGAGCCGAAUGACGACCCAUUCAAGGAGCACUCGCGCUCGACGAACUGCGCCUUCGUUCGCUUGGGCAAAAAAGACGAAGACAUCACAACACUGGACUUUAUCAAGCUCGAGAAGGCCCGCACCAAGAACAAGGCCCAGAAGUACAUCGAAGUGCAGAAGGCCGAACUGGAAGAGGACAUGCGCAAGGUCAAGUAUGAACUGGACAAAGUGCGGAGGAAGAAGCGUUGACCGGUUGUGUGUAGCACAAGGCGUCAGCGAUUUUGUGCUCUUUUUACCGUGUUUUUAAAUCUGCGUGGCUUUUUUAAUCAAUGCCCAUCAUUCUUUUCAACGCUACCUUAAUGUUUGACCAUUAACUGUACAGCAAUGAAAACUUCGCUUUCACGACAUUCGCUUACUGUGCUGAAAAAAAAAAAAGGGGGGGGGGGGGGGUUGUGCAGUUCGGCCAGAGCUCCCGUGUCUCAAAUACUUUUGUUCGCAUCAAUCACUUGUCUAGAGUGGCCGACUGCAGGCUGCACAAACGUCCGCAUCUGGCCGCCUCGCGGUAUUGUCUAGGUUCCACAUUUCCCUAGCGUGCGUGGGCUCAUUGCGGCGAUGGCACGGAGUAAGUGGGCGAUGGGUUAUGCAGUUUUUUUCCUGAAAAGAUGGCGACAAGCUCGACUUACUGACUACAAAUUCCGACUGUAUGGGCACCCGGAAUAAUGUCAGCAGGAGCUCAAGACCUGUUCUGUGAACAUUGCCUUGGUGCAGCAAUGCAGCUGCUUGCAAACACAAUAAAUACACUAAACAAGGUA